AUGACAAUCGAAGAUAUUCUCUCGCAAGUCGGUGUUAAAACACCCGUCCGCGCCAACUCGACCCUCAAGCAAUAUGCGAUAAAGAGCUUGGAUCAGAAAAACAAGGGUAACUUGAAGGAGAAAAGACCUUAUCGCUUCCGCCCUGGAACCGUCGCUCUACGUGAAAUCCGCCGCUACCAGAAGUCUACGGAGCUUCUAAUUCGCAAACUGCCCUUUCAGCGCCUCGUUCGUGAAAUUGGAGAAAACAUCAGGGGCGACUUGCGAUUCCAAGCAAAGGCCGUCCUCGCUCUCCAGGACGCUUCAGAGGCUUAUCUCAUCUCCGUUUUCGAAGAUGUGCAAGCAGCUGCGAUCCAUGCCAAACGCGUCACCAUUCAAACCAAGGACGUCGCUCUCGCGAUGAAGCUGCGCAAGGUGAAUAUCAAGCGUUUGUGAGGUAGUGGUGGUUAAUGAUGUUUGAAAAUGUGUAUUGUUAUACAUAUGCGUGAUUAACAUGAGAACUA